UCGUCAAUAGAUCAACAUGGAAAAAUGUAUUGAUCCAUUUUCCAAAUGAUCGACCUCUCCCAUUCUAAUAACUACUUCUACCCACUCUCUCACUCCCUCUCUCUCUCUCUCUGUUUCUCACUCUCAUUGAGAGAUUUCAACCACUCCUGAGGUGGAAAAAGAAAAGUGAAACAAUUGAUCACCAUAGAAACGAGAGAGUGAAUAACAUUGGAAAGAAAAAAAAAUACGAUUAUUUUCAAUUUCGAAAGAAGAAAAAAACUAAUUAACCUUCAUUUCUUGUUGAAAAAUUUCAAGUCUAAUUAAUUGUGAUAAAUUAGAGACAAAUUGUUGUUGUUGGUUAAACAGGUCAAUUAUUAUCAUAAUGAUUCCAUGUGGUAUAUGAAUGGACAUCGGUCAGUUCAACAAAUACCAAUUUAUGUCGAAACCUUUUCUGGGACAACCUUUGAGAUCCAAAUAUUACCUCAAGAAACAAUUUAUUGUCUUAAGAUGAAACUCCAAGAAGACGAGGGUAUUCAAGCAUCUCAACAGCAUCUCAUCUGGCAGGGAGAGGAAUUGAAAGAUGAUUUAACCCUGGAGGAAUAUGGAAUAGGAUUCGGAGCUAUAUUGAGACUCGUUCUACAAUUACGAGGUGGACCUUUAAACCCACCGAUUCAAUUGUCCUCAUCGAACCCUGAUAAUCAAUCAGAUAACCUUUUCCACUAUUCUAAUAACAUUUUAACUCGUUCAUCAACUGAUGAUGAUGAAGAUUCUGGCUGUCCAAUUGUUGGACAAGAUGAUGGUAAUUCACAAUUAACCAAUGGAAUCGUAAUAUUUCAAGAUGGAAAUGAGAUUAAAAUGUAUUCACCUGGUAAACAACGGAGAUCACAGGUCACUACAGGGACGGAUGAUCGAUCCAGCAUUGGAUCAGCUGAUCCUUUGGGUAUGAUAACAACGGAAAGUUUGAUUGAUAAAGCUCGAGCCAGUGAACAACGUCAAAGGGAAAAUGAUGCCCUUAGGGUGAAAAUGAGAGAGAUACAAACAAAGAUGAAAUCAUUGGCUCUGAAAAGAUGUAAAAAUUUACCUGGAACCAAUUUAAUUAAAUUACCUUUGAUUGUAGAUAACAAUUCACACGGGCUACCACCUUUAACCUCAUCAACCUUGACCACAGCACCGAAACUAAUCACCAAUGGAUUGGAUGGAGAUACAAUUAAAACACCAGGAUUAACUUUCCCACCGUUGCUAACAAAAUCUACCACCACCACUACCACCAUAUCAUCAUCUUCUUCAUCUUCAUUAUCUUCUUUAUCAUCUUCUUUCAAGUGUCCGGUCACUUUGUCACCUUUGGUUAAAAAUUGGGACCUUCCGGUUGAACAACAAGAGAAACAGGAACUUCGUCGAGCCCAAUCAAAGUUAAUUGAACAAUUAACUCGAAAAAAUUAUCAAUCAAAACGAUUCUCUGGUAAUAUGAUUCGCCGGAGAUUUUCAAUUCAAGGAAUUAACUUUAAUCAUCAUGAAACAAUUAACUCAUCGGGUUUAUCUUCAUCAUCACCUCCUUCAGCUUUAGUGGUCAAGCUGGAUGAUAAUGAUGAUGAUGACCAACGACCCAAGACAAGUCCUUUUAUCAAAUUAAAUGAAGAUAAUUGUUCAACACUGUUGGUUAACCAAUCUAAUUGUUCACAGUUAUCAUCGCAACCUUUAAUUAAUGGACAGUCCAAGAUCAACAAUACACUUGAAGAUAACAAUGAUUAUCAGCAAUUGUCAACAUCAUUAAUUGAUCAAUCUACUAAUCAAUCAGCUGAUCAAUUGAAAUCAAUGAGUCGUAAAGGGUCAACCAAUAAUUUGACAAUAUCCAAAAUUGAUCAAUCAAAAUCUGAACCCAAUCAAGGUAAGUUCAGGAAGGAAUCACAAUUAACUAAUAAGACGAAAAGUAAAACUUUACCACCGGUGGGUAAAAGUAAAUCAAAGACAAUCAAUGGAAAAUCAAAGAACCGUUGUUUCACUUGUAAUAAACGACUUGGUUUAGCGACCAAAUAUGAUUGCAGAUGUGGACAAAUGUUUUGUACUGUCCAUCGAUACUCUGAAGCUCAUGAUUGUAGUCAUGAUUAUAAAUCAGAGGGAAGACGAUUAAUUGCUCUUAAUAAUCCGGUGAUUAAAGCACCCAAAUUACCAAAGAUUUAAAUUGUUCCCCAUUAAUUGUUACCUUACUGUUUCUGGUUUCUCUUGGUUUACUGAUCAUCUCGCUCUCUAUUUCCUUCAAUUACCAAUGGUUUUAUUUUCGAAACAAAUUUAAUUAAACAAUUUAAAUUUUCUAUAUUACAUUAAAGAAACAAAAAGAACUAAUU